AAUUUGAAGCUGAAUGUUUUGUCAAACCAAGGUUAUAGUGGAAUGAUUUUUUUUUUGUGCAAAUCAUUUGAAUAAACAGCAAAUGAAAUCAUGGAUAAUUUAAAAAAAAGUCGAUGUUUAUUAAAAAGUGUUGAGGCAACGCAUCCACACAUUGAAAUAUCUACAAACAGUGACACAUUAAUUGGUAGAACGCGCGAAUCACAACUUGACGAUACAUUGGUGUCGAAAAAACACAUAAAAAUGCGCGCUGAUUUUGAUAAGAAAUGCGUUAUCUUCGAAAUACUCGGUUUGAAUCCAUCGACACUGAACGGUGUGACUUUAGAAAAAAAUAAAAAACACAAAGCUUUCCAAGACGAUAUAAUCGAAAUUAUUCCAUCAAAGUAUCCAUAUAAAAUUCACUUUGAAUUGGCCAAUCACAGUCGAAAACGAAGUGCAGACGACAAAACGAUCGAAAGUCCACCGAAAAGAAUGAAAUACAAAAUAGGCAUUUCAUUGGAUGCGAACAAACAAGGUACAAAUACAUCAUGGGAGAGCUACAAUAAUGGCCAAUUGUUGGUGUAUACAUCGCCAAAUUGUCAACCAUCGGAAAAAAUUGCUGCUUAUGAUAUGGAUGGAACGCUCAUCAAAACUCAAUCAGGAAAAGUGUUUCCAACCGACAUUGAUGAUUGGACAUUGGCAUUUGGUCCUGUGACAACAACACUAAAAUCAAAACAUUCGGAUGGAUUCAAAAUUGUGAUAUUAACGAAUCAAGCUGGUGUUACGUCGGGAAAAACAAAAGUGGCUGACAUCAAAAAGAAAAUCGAAAAUGUUAUAAAAGCGCUUUGCGUACCAGUACAAGUAUUUGUUGCAACUGGUGACAAUUACUUCCGUAAACCAAUGACUGGUAUGUGGCAGGCUUUAUGUGAUCAAAAAAAUGGCAUAAAUGUCGUUGACAUGAAUCAGAGCUAUUUUGUGGGUGAUGCAGCCGGUCGUCCAGAAAUCAAAGCAAUGAAAAAGAAAAAAGACCAUUCAUCUGCCGAUCGUUUGAUGGCCAUCAAUUUAAAUUUGACAUUUUUCACACCCGAAGAACACUUUUUAAAAGUACCAACGCAAAAUUGGAUCAAACCGGAAUUUAAUCCCAAAGACUAUUUAAAACGAACAGUUCAAAUGAUCGAUGAGCCGAGAACCAAAAUUACAUCAACUGAUCUGGAAUUGAUUUUAUUGGUGGGCGGACCUGGAACCGGUAAAAGUCGCUUUUGUAAAGAUCAUUUGGAAGGAAACUAUGAGAUUGUAAGCCGUGACGUGAUUGGAACAUGGCAAAAAUGUGUUGAUCGUGUCAAUGAUUGUUUGAAAACAAAACGCAAAGUUGUGGUCGACAAUACGAAUGGAGACCGAGAAAGUCGUGCCCGUUAUGUGAAUGCAGCUAAAAAGCAUAAAGUUCCAUGUCGAUGUUUUGUUAUGACAACUAGCUUCAAGCAUGCCGAACACAAUAUCGCAUUCCGUGAACUUACUGAUACCAAACAUUCGAAAAUCAAUAAAAUUGUACUGAACAGUUAUAAAAAAAACUACCAAGAUCCAACGAAGGAAGAAGGAUUCACUGAAAUUGUCCGCAUUAAUUUUGUUCCAAAGUUCAACGAUGAACAAGAUAAAUGGCUUUAUGAAAUGUAUUUGUUAGCGUAAAAAUCAUUUGAUGUCGCUUUUUUUUCUCUAUUUAUUGUCAUUUUCGA